UCCGCUUUGUUAACUCCACAUCUUUUCCUCUGCCGUCUUUCCCACUGAGCGUCUCCGUGUACGGCUACACCUGCUCGCAGUCUCUCCUUUCCCAGACUCGAUCGGUAUGGACGACUUUGACUUACUCAACGCGCCCGCUGCCGGGAACGGCGUCGGCUCGGAGGAGGACCCCGCUGCUGCCUUCCUGGCCCAGCAGGAGAGCGAAAUCGCGGGGAUUGAAAACGACGAGGGCUUCAGCAUCCUGGACGGAGGAGAGGUGCCCUCCUCCCUGGGAGACUCCAACGAUGGUGUUAUCAACGGAGACAUCCACGGGGAAAGCAAUGGUCCAUCUGACGCUUAUGCAGCAAUUUCCAAUGCAGACCGGCUACAGGCUGAACCUGAAAGUCUGCGCAAAUGGCGAGAGGAACAAAGAGAGAGGCUGGAGAUACUAGAUGCUAACUCGCGUAAGCAGGAGUCAGAGUGGAAGGACAAGGCCAAGCUGGAGCUGGAGGAGUGGCACGCCCGGCAGAACGAGCAGCUGGAGAAAACGAAGACCAAUAACAGGGUUCUGGAUGAAGACUUCUACAAGCAGCCCUUCUCUGAGCUCAUUGGUUAUGUCACACACAUAAACCAUCCUUGCUACCGCCUAGACCAGGCGGCUGAGGAAGCCAUGAUUUCAGACCUGGAUGAGAACAACCCUGGCACCGAGUGGGAGCGGGUGGCACGUCUCUGCGACUUUAACCCCAAGUCCAGUAAGCAGGCCAAGGAUGUGUCCCGCAUGCGCUCAGUCCUCAUCUCCCUGAAGCAGUCCCCACUGGUCCGCUAGGCUGCUCAGAGGUUCUUCUAUUCUCCUCUGACCACACAUCCAUUUAUCCACUCACAUCACAAUCAAGAGAACAGAGGGGGCUCCCUUCUUUCAUAUCAAUCCCCCCCUGAAAGAUUACGUCUGUGGUCCUGUCCCCUCCCUCCUCUGAUGGCAGAGCUGUAGAGGGUAGCCUGGAUGAACCUUCAUCUCCUCACACCGAAGGGUUAUCUUCACCUGUGCAGCCCAGUUCUGUGGUUUCACUGUAAAGUCGGCGAGUUAGAUCAUUAAAAGGGAAGGGUUCGUUUUUGUUUCUGCUUCUGGAUCUACGGCUACACUACAUCUACCACCAAAACAUUGAAUUUCUGUAGUGAUGUCAGGAACAGUCUGUUUCCAUCUCCCUGUUGUUCAGACAUAUCAUGUCCUGCUCUUUAAAAAGCUGUCAAAAGUUCAAGUUUUUCUUUCUAAGGACCAAACUUCAGCAAAACUCCAAAUUCUGUGUGUACUUUGUGUGUAGUACCAGUUUGUGGCAUGUUGUUAAAUUUUUCCAAUCUAUGCAUUUUACUAGUGAAAGUCUCUAUUCUCCUGUCUCACCUGAACAAAGUCCAGCAAUUACAAUAUUUUUGUGUGUGUGUGUUAAAACCUGACUAGUGUGUACAUACUUUAUGAGUGUACAUAUUCAGAAAGCAGAGUAUAUACAGUAUAUAAAACAUCUGACUGAAAGUGAACUGUUGUGGUUUUACAGAGACAUAGAUCUAGCAGGCUGUUGCUCCAUCAUGUAUGUUCAUUGUCCAUUUGAUUUCAAUACCAGUAUGAAGUAAACUCUGCUUUACUGUCCA